UUCCUGCCCCCCCCGGAAUGUCCCGUAUUCGAGCCGAGCUGGGCGGAGUUCCGAGACCCGUUGGGUUACAUCGCCAAGAUCCGACCCAUAGCCGAGAAAAGCGGCAUCUGCAAGAUCCGCCCGCCUGCGGAUUGGCAGCCCCCCUUCGCUGUGGAGGUCGACAAUUUCCGCUUCACCCCCCGCAUCCAACGCCUCAACGAAUUGGAGGCACAGACUCGGGUGAAGCUGAAUUACCUGGACCAGAUCGCCAAGUUCUGGGAGAUCCAGGGCUCCUCGUUGAAGAUCCCCAACGUGGAGCGGCGCAUCCUGGACCUCUACAGCCUCAGCAAGGUGGUGAUGGAGGAGGGUGGCUACGAGGCCAUCUGCAAGGACCGGCGCUGGGCUCGGGUGGCACAGAGGCUCUCCUACCCAUCAGGGAAGAACAUCGGGUCCCUGCUCCGUGCCCACUACGAGCGAAUCAUUUAUCCCUAUGAGAUGUACCAGUCGGGGGCCAACCUGCAGUGCACCGCUCGCCCCUUCGACAGCGAAGAGAAGGACAGGGAGUACAAACCCCACAGCAUCCCUCUGCGGCAGUCCGUGCAGCCCUCCAAGUUCAACACCUAUGGACGGCGGGCCAAGCGUCUGCAGCAGGAGCCCGAACCCACAGAGGAGGACAUCGAGAAAAACCCAGAGCUGAAAAAACUUCAAAUCUACGGCGCCGGCCCCAAAAUGUUGGGGUUGGGAUUGGUGGCCAAAGACAAAACCCUACGGAAAAAAGACAAAGAGGGGCCCGAGUGCCCCCCCCCCGUGGUGGUGAAGGAGGAGCCGUCCGGCUGUGGGGGCUGAGGCAAAACGGAGCCGCUGUCAGCGCGAGUUUAUCCUGAGAGCAAAGAGGAGCUGAGGCACAGCCCAGAGCCCUGCACCAAAAUGACCAUGCGCCUGCGUCGCAGCCACAGCAACAGCCAGUUUGUGGAGUCCUACGUGUGCCGGAUCUGCUCGCGGGGCGACGAGGACGACAAACUGCUGCUGUGUGAUGGCUGCGACGAUAAUUAUCACAUCUUCUGCCUCCUGCCCCCCCUGCCCGAGAUCCCCAAAGGCAUCUGGCGCUGCCCCAAAUGCGUCAUGGCGGAGUGCAAGCGGCCUCCGGAGGCUUUUGGCUUCGAGCAGGCGACGCGGGAGUACACCCUGCAGAGCUUCGGGGAGAUGGCCGACUCCUUCAAGGCCGACUACUUCAACAUGCCCGUCCACAUGGUGCCCACGGAGCUGGUGGAGAAGGAGUUCUGGCGGUUGGUGAACAGCAUCGAGGAGGACGUGACGGUGGAGUAUGGCGCCGACAUCCACUCCAAGGAGUUCGGCAGCGGGUUCCCCAUCAGCGAUGGCAAGAGGAAGCUGUCGCCCGAGGAGGAGGAGUAUGCUGGCAGCGGGUGGAAUCUGAACGUGAUGCCGGUGCUGAAGCAGUCGGUGCUGUGCCACAUCAACGCCGACAUCUCGGGCAUGAAGGUGCCGUGGCUCUACGUGGGGAUGGUCUUCUCUGCCUUCUGCUGGCACAUCGAGGACCACUGGAGCUACUCCAUCAACUACCUCCACUGGGGUGAACCCAAGACGUGGUACGGCGUGCCGUCCUUCGCCGCCGAGCACCUGGAGGAGGUGAUGAAGAAGCUGACGCCGGAGCUGUUUGAGAGCCAACCUGACCUCCUGCACCAACUCGUCACCCUCAUGAACCCCAACACCCUCAUGGCCCACGGCGUCCCUGUGGUUCGGACCAACCAAUGUGCCGGGGAGUUUGUCAUCACCUUCCCUCGCGCGUAUCACAGCGGAUUCAACCAGGGCUACAACUUCGCCGAGGCCGUCAACUUCUGCACCGCCGACUGGCUCCCCGCCGGCCGUCAGUGCAUCGAGCAUUACCGCCGCCUGCGCCGCUACUGCGUCUUCUCUCACGAGGAGCUCAUCUGCAAGAUGGCCGCCUGCCCCGAGAAGCUGGACCUCAACCUGGCAGCAGCUGUGCACAAGGAGAUGUUCGUGCUGGUGCAGGAGGAGCGCAAGCUCCGCAAGGCACUGCUGGAGAAGGGCAUCACGGAGGCGGAACGCGAGGCCUUCGAGCUGCUGCCCGACGACGAGCGGCAGUGUGACAAAUGCAAGACCACGUGCUUCCUGUCAGCCCUGGCCUGCUACGACUGCCCGCAGUGCCUCGUCUGCCUCUACCACAUGGACGACCUCUGCAAGUGCCCCCGCAGCAAGCAGUACCUCAGGUACCGCUACACGCUGGACGAGCUGCCGGCCAUGCUGCACAAGCUGAAGGUUCGCGCCGAGUCCUUCGACACGUGGGCCAACAAAGUGCGCAUCGCCCUGGAGCUGGAGGAUGGCCGCAAGCGAGCGCUGGAGGAGCUGCGGGCGCUGGAGUCGGAGGCGCGCGAGCGGAAAUUCCCGGAGAACGAGCUGCUGCACCGCCUCAAGGGCUGCCUGGCGCAGGCGGAGCGCUGCGUCUCCAGGGCGCUGGGGCUCAUCAGCUCCCAGGAGACCGGUCCCCCCAGGCUGCCUGCCCCCUCCCUGACGGUGGAGGAGCUCCGUGUGUUCCUGGAGCAGAUGAAGCUGCCCUGCGUCAUGCAUCAGAUUGGGGAUGUCCAGGCCCUCCUGGACCGUGUGGAAGCCUUCCAAGCUGAAGCCCGUGCCGUUUUAGAAUCGACCCCCCCAGAACCCGGAGCCGCCCCCCCAGGACCGGGGGCUUUAAGGGGUCUUUUAGAACGCGGCGCCCGUUUGGGGGUGGAAGUGCCGGAAGGCCGGCGUUUGGAACUUCAGUUAGCUCAGAGCCAAUGGCUGGAGGAGGUGACAGCCACCCUGCGCUCCCCCCGCGCCCGCGUCCCCCUCCCCGUCAUGCGGGGGCUGAUCCAGGCGGGUCGCACCGUGGCCCCCGGCCCGGCCGUGGACGUGGCCAUGGCAGAACUGCAGGAGCUGCUCACCAUCGCCCAGCGCUGGGAGGAGAAGGCGCAGAUGUGUCUGGAAGCCAGGCAGAAGCACCCCCCGGCCACGCUGGCCGCCAUCAUUAAGGAGGCAGAGAAUAUCCCUGCUCUGCUCCCCAACAUCGCUGCCCUUAAGGAAGCGCUGGCUAAAGCCCGUGCGUGGAUUGCUGAUGUGGAGGAGAUCCAGAACGGGGAUCAUUACCCCUGCCUGGAUGACCUGGAGGGGCUGGUGGCCGUGGGCCGCGACCUGCCCGUGCGCCUGGAGGAGCUGAGGCAGCUGGAGGUGCAGGUGGGCACGGCUCACUCGUGGAGGGACAAAGCUUCCAGGACCUUCCUCAAAAAGAACUCCUGCUACACCCUGCUGGAGGUGCUGUGUCCCUGUGCUGACGCUGGGUCCGACAGCUCCAAGAGGCUGAAAUGGAGGCAGGAGCCGGGGCUGUACCGCCUGGAUGCUGAGAGCCUGGGGCUGUCAGCCCAGGACCUGCGUGACCCCGGCGCUGUGAUCCUGGCCUUCAAGGAAGGCGAGCAGAAGGAGAAGGAAGGGAUGCAGCGCCUCCGCCACGCCAACUCUCAGAAACCCGCCCCCCCAGCCCCGGCCCCAUCCUGCGUCUGCGGGCAGCCCGCCGGGCCCUCCAUGCUGCAGUGCCAGCUGUGCCGAGAUUGGUUCCAUGGCUCCUGCGUGGCCUGGCCUCGUUUGGCCAACCAGAAACCCUCCCCGGCCUGGUGGGAAUGGGAAGCCAAAUUCCUGUGCCCUCUGUGCCAGCGCUCGCGUCGCCCUCGUUUGGAAACCAUCCUGGCCCUCCUGGUGGCUCUGCAGAAGCUGCCGGUGCGUUUGCCGGAGGGAGAGGCCCUGCAGUGUCUGACCGAGAGAGCCAUCACCUGGCAGGACCGCGCGCGGGCGCUGCUGGCCUCCCCCGAGGUGGCUGCAGCCAUGGAAAGGUUGGCGGCCAUCCGGCAGAGGCUGCACGGCGACGGUGGCACCGCGCUGCGGGAGGCACGGGGCAACGAGCAGACCAAGGUCUCUGUGGAGAAUGGUGACGCCCCCAGCCCAGAGAAGAACGGCCCCCUGCCUUCAGAGCUGGAGGCGCUGAGCUUGGCGCUGCCGCGGCUUCACGGCCCGGUGCUGGAGCUGCCGGAAGGCGCGCGGCGGCCGCUGGAGGAGCUGAUGAUGGAGGGGGACCUCCUGGAGGUGACGCUGGACGAGGCCACCAGCAUCUGGCGCCUGCUGCAGGCCGCCCGCCCGCCCCCCCUUGGCCUCUUCCGCCUCCUCCUCGAGCUGGAGCAGGCGGAGCGCCGGGGGUCGCGGGGUCGGGGUCGGGACCCCGAGAGACGCCGUAAACGCCGGGGGGAGCGGGGGGACGGACCCCCCCUCGCCAAGGAGGAGCUGGAGCCAAAGAGGAGCCGGGGGGCGGAGGGGGGGGCACCAAGGGACAGCACCCCCCCACCUGGCCCCACCGCCCCAGGGGACUCGUGACGCGCCGCCCCCACCUCGCAUGGAGGUGCCCCCCCCCCAACCCGGGGGGUUGGGCUGGGACAGAGCAGAGGAUGAGGGUGGAGGGGGGGGGCAGUCCGCACUGUGUCGUGUC